CGAGCAGGCGGCGGGCGCAGGCGCGUGGCGGGGCCGCGCUCUCGCGAGGAGGGGCGCGUGGCUUCGUCCUGCACUCGGGUCUGGGCGCGGGGGCGCCGUGCCGCGGGAGAAGAUUGCCCUAAAGACACCUGGCGCCUGGAAGCCAUGGGUCUGUCUGCAUCUGCCCCGGCUGCUGCAGCCCAGCCACUGAGUCCAUCGAAGCUUCAACACCAGACUGCAUCUCCACCUUCGCAGUGUCCAAUGCAUCAGGAGAAAAUAAGCGGUUGUCCCAUGCACAUGAAGACUCCUGAUCAUAGAACUGAGAACACAGAGGAUGUUCCUGCACAUCAAGAAAGAGCUUAUGAAUAUGUAGCCUGUCCGGUGAACUCUAGUGCAUCUCAAGUGAAGGAUGAGAUAGAUCCAAGCAAUAUGAUGCCUCCUCCUAAUCAGCAGCCAUCCCCAGAUCAACCCUUUCCACUGUCAACUGUUAGAGAAGAAUCUUCCAUUCCCAGAGCACAUUCUGACAAGAAAUGGGUCUACCCCUCAGAGCAAAUGUUCUGGAAUGCUAUGCUAAGGAAGGGGUGGAGGUGGAAAGAUGAUGACAUAACAGGUGAAGACAUGACCAACAUUAUCAAGAUUCACAACCAAAAUAAUGAGCAAGCGUGGAAGGAGAUUUUAAAGUGGGAAGCUCUUCAUGCUGUGGAGUGUCCAUGUGGGCCAUCGCUGAUGCGGUUUGGAGGCAAAGCAAAGGAGUAUUCACCAAGAGCCAGAAUACGUUCCUGGAUGGGAUAUGAGCUCCCCUUUGACAGGCAUGACUGGAUUGUAGACCGAUGUGGCAAAGAAGUGCGCUACGUUAUUGAUUACUAUGAUGGUGGAGCAGUAGACAAGAACUACCAGUUCACCAUUCUGGAUGUUCGCCCUGCUUUGGACUCUCUCUCAGCAGUGUGGGACAGAAUGAAGGUAGCUUGGUGGCGGUGGACUUCGUAACUGCUCCUGUGGUGUGUAAUCAAAAGAGAAACUGUUUUCCUCCUAGGCUGAGGAGGACUUGAAACAGAAGGUCACUGCAACUAUCGUUUUCAUCAUCACCACUGUUCUUUGGGAAGGGAGUCUGGGGGGAUCUGCUGUGAACAACACUGAUGCUGUCUGGUGUUUUGAAUGAAAUAAUAAAUGUUACAGUAGCAAA